UCCUAGUAAGUAGGGUUUAAAUGUUUUAUCUGGCAAAAGACAAACAGCCACUGAGUGUCUCAUAAAGUUAAAGAGAAGAGAAGUUGCAGGCCCGCUUAGCGCGCUAGCUACCAGGAGCUAUCCCUGCUGUACUCCCUCAGUCAGGAAGCGUUACUCAGCGUCAGGUGGCAACACUCACAGAAUUCUCCUAAUUCUACGUGAGGAACAGGUUAAGGGAUGAGCCACUCCUCUGGGAUUGGCCAUGAUGUGCUACAGGAGGCGACCGAUGGGAUGGACACCCCUGACUCUCCUGAGGCCCGUAGUUGGACAGCCGCUAAUGGAUCCGCCUCUCAGGUGCAGAAGUGUCAGGAUGGAGUAGUUUGCCUGGAGCAAGGCAAACAAAAAGGAACUCGCACACAAAGAGGAACUCAUCAGAGCAUGGACCCCGCGUACAGACAAAUACACACAAACUCGGCGCCUCACACCAACGCUCAUGUCUGUGAAGAUGGCCCAACACACACAGAUAAACACUUUACUGCUGUAACCAAAGACAGUCUGUACAUGGAAACUACCAACAUGCCAAACGCAGGACCGAGCGAUGGGUGGGGAGGAGCAGAGGACAAGGAAGUCAGAAAUGAGAAUAAUGAAAGAGAUGUUGCAGAAGUGGAAAACAGUGAGGAGAAUCAGCAGAUGGCUGUGCAGCCAGUAAAAGAGAUCAACAAUGAAGACUCAACCACUUCACAGACCCCACCUACAGAGCCAGUCGACUGUAACUCUUGCGACGAUGGCCAUUUGUCUGGUUCCACGCCGCCUGACCAGGCCCCUCCUCUGGUCCCUGCUCCUCUUCCAAGUUUAGUCCCUCUGCCCGUGGUGCCAGCACCUGAGGAUUGGCCACAGCCGACGCACGUGAUGGCAGAAGUGCGGGUGCGUUCUGCUCCUGGACGCAAGCGGGUAGUGCGGGGUAUUCAGGACAGUAAAAGUCUGGAUGGCAUCAGCGAGGCGUGUGGAGGCGCCGUGCGUGCCGUGGCAGGCGAGGGCCGCAGGGCAACUAUCUCUAGCGCUCUGGAACUGGAGGGCACAGUGAGCCAUGAUGGAGAUCUCACCCACUUUAUCACCAAGAACUUGGAGCAGAAAAUUAAAAUGAGUUCACGGCCCAGCCUCGACACCGACUCGGACUGCUCAGGCCCAGUGGUACGAGGUCGUGGUUCAUUGCGUCGGCCAGCUGACAUCCCGCCCAUAGACCCCAGUGUGCUGGUGGACCUUCACAAACACACGCAGGAGGUUGCACACAGUGUGGAAACGAUGCUGCGCAGCCUCAAUGGAACUAUCCAGAAUAUGACAGCACUGAGUGUAGGUUAUAUUCAGACAUACAGAGACUCUGUGGACAGUUUGGGGGAGUCAGUAGAUAUGAGCAUAAAGGGAAUGUACACACUGAUGGCACGUUGUGAGGAACUGGAUCGCUCCAUGCAGCCCAUCCAGACGCUCGCGGCUCAGAUCAGAGACAUCAAGCGCACGCUGGACGCUCUGGAAGCCAUCUGCAAGUAAUGUCCUUGAGCAUGACUACGCCCUGUAGCCCCAGGAGACAGUCUGUGACAGCUCCGCCCUCUGCUAGUUAUCAAGCGACCGAAUCACUUUGCUAACGAUCAUUUCUCCUAGAAACGCUCCGUGAGCGCUGCGCUCCUACCCUCUGAUUCCUCUUAGUAGCAGUGAUCCUCUUGUUGUGGCUCUGCACCUUUUUAAUAUUAUUAUUGAAAAAGAAACAGACUCCAGAUUGUGAGCUCACACCGUCCAGCAGAUUGACGUCACAACUAUAGGAGGGCUCUCUCUGUCUUUCUUUUUCUCUCUUUCUCUUUCUCUCGUUCUCUUUCUCUCCCUGAAUGCAUGGUACUGGAAUUAUUUAUAGUGUGUGUGUGUGUGCGUGUUAACAGAUGAGUUGGUGAUUGGUGGCAUUAAAAUCCUUAAAUUAGUCCAGAUGCGUCACAUCUGUAUUUGCCACUGUGAAAACGUGUUCUAGAAGCCAUUCUCUGUUUCUAUUUUCCUCCCUUUGGGUGUUUGUGUGUCUACAGAUUGGAUGCUAUGUAUCCCCUGUUUCUACCACUGAUCAAUUCUAACACGUGUGACCUAUUAAUCGUCCUGAGAGCUUUGGACCUUCUGUUGCCAUGGUAACAGUCAUGAGGGAUAUAGCACAGAGACUAAGCAUACCGUCGUUUGGAAACGAGCUGUCGGACUGAAGAAGGGCGUAAGAGUAUAAUGAGAUUUUUUUUUAAAUUAAGAGGAGUGCUGGACAGUCCCUGAUCUCCAGCCCUCGUCCGUUUCUUUUCUUGUCUGCUUCCAAUGCACCCGAUUUAUUAAACUGUCUGGCAAAUGUGUCUGUUUUAAAGAAUGCAAUAUAACAAUAAAUUUACUAGAGUUA